CGGCGGGCGGAGCAUGCGGCCUCGGCUGGCGUGAGCGGUGGGGCCAUGCAGGACCGCCGGGCGAGCGGCGAGCGCCGCUCCAGCGGUAUAUUCCGCGUGCAAGAGACGCUGGUGAUCGCCGUGGGGCCGACCCCCGACCUACAGUGCUGGGACGAGACGGGACACUGCCGCCACGACGGCGAGGUGACGAACACCGGGGAGGGCGCGAAGGACCCAUGGGCGAGUGACGCGGCGCAGCCGGACGGGGGUUCUCUAGUCAGCGCCGUCUCGGCCGGCGGCGACGGUAUUCAAAUAAUCUGCCGGUACGACACGGCGUGUGAAAUCGCGGACGAGGUGCUUGCGGAGGACGCUUCGCCGCCGGUGCAUGCGCCACCUGAGCCUCCUGUGUCGCCUGACGCUGUCGGAGAGUUCAGCAGCAUCGUCGAGAUCGAUGGCGACAGCUUCUUUAUUCACUCUCGUCUAGUCGGCCGGGAGGAGGACACCGAAGCGAACAGCGGAAGGGAAGAUCACCACGACCAGGACACCGACGACGACGAGGAGGAAGCGGAUAACUCCGAGGACGACGAGAGGGGGCGUCAGUCGAUCGUCAAGCAGUGCCGCCAAUUCUAUGAGUCGCGGCUGGUGGCUCACUGGCCGGCGCCGGAGGCCACGGACACGACCGUCGACGCCGACGAGCGCGAGGAGCGACCGACGAGCGUCGACAGCGGGCGGGAGAGCGGCACAGACAGCCAGACGGCCGAGCUGGGCGACGUCCUGAUGAAGCCGGCCCGCUCGCCCAGCCCGCUGGAGCUCAAGAUGGCCUUGCUCCGGCGCGAGGUG